GGUGAGGCACGGCCACAGCAUCCAUCGGGUGAGGCACGGCCACAGCAUCCAUCGGGUGAGGCACAGCCACAGCAUCCAUCGGGUGAGGCACGGCCACAGCAUCCAUCGGGUGAGGCACGGCCACAGCAUCCAUUGGGUGAGGCACAGCCACAGCAUCCAUCGGGUGAGGCACGGCCACAGCAUCCAUUGGGUGAGGCACAGCCACAGCAUCCAUCGGGUGAGGCACGGCCACAGCAUCCAUCGGGUGAGGCACAGCCACAGCAUCCAUCGGGUGAGGCACAGCCACAGCAUCCAUCGGGUGAGGCACAGCCACAGCAUCCAUCGGGUGAGGCACAGCCACAGCAUCCAUCGGGGGAGGCACUUCUUGUUGAUCCUGUUCUUGUUGACCCUGGAAAUAAACCGUAUUUCUAA